GGGAAUGGUGGCCUGUAUCGGGCUCUUUUAGAUAGGGGCAUCCUGCAAAAUAUGAGAGCACGUGGCAUUGACUACGUUCACAUCUAUGGCGUUGACAACGUGCUAGUCCGAUUGGCCGAUCCUGCUUUUAUCGGAUUCUGUAUCUCAAGAGCCGCAGAUUGUGCAGUCAAGGUAGUUGAAAAGACCGACCCAGCUGAACCGAUUGGCGUUGUUGGUGUGGUCGACGGGAAGUUCCGGGUAGUUGAGUACUCAGAAAUUUCUCCAUCCACAGCUGCUUUGGUGCUGCCGAUGCCGCCAAGCAGGAUAGCUUGCUGCCAAGACGAGAAGGACUGCGAUUCGAAACUCGCAAAUUCCCGCUUGCUUUAUUGCCAUGGUAAUAUUUGCAAUCACUUUAUGACCCUCACCUUCCUUGAACGUGUCUGCAACCCCGAGCUGGAAUCUCAACUGCCCUAUCACGUGGCACGCAAAAAGGUGCCCCAUAUUGACUUGGAAACUGGCACAACUAUCACCCCAACUCAACCGAAUGCCUUGAAACUUGAAAAAUUCAUCUUUGAUGUAUUCCAGUUCUCUCAGCGCUUCGCCAUUUGGGAAGUGGAUCGAGCAACUGAGUUUUCGCCAUUAAAGAACCGUUCGGGAGCACAAAACGACUGUCCGGAAACCUGUCGCCAAUCCAUCCUCAAUUUGCACGCCUCGUGGGCCAGGGCGGCUGGUGCAGUGUUCGCCUCCGAGGACAACAUAAACCGUGACGUCAUAGAGAUUUCCCCACUAGUUAGUCUAAAUGGAGAGAAUCUUGAGUGCUUGAAGGGAAAGACUAUCACGGGAGUCAAUAUAUUAGAACUUCGACGUAGUGAAGAUGGUGAAGAUGUUCCUACACUAAUUCAGGUUAAAGCCAAUAACUGA